ACACACACACACACACACACACACACACACUCUCUCUCCUCAGAAUGACUCUGCUCUGAUCGGAGGAGGUGAUCUCUGAAAUUGCUCGGUGAGCACCCCUAAUUUCCCUGAUUUACGUAUCGCUGUCAAUCACACCCAAUGGAAGCCAAUCAGAAAGCCGGGGACGGGCUGGCCGGGACGCAGAAGGAGGCGUCGCUGCGGGCGCUAAUGCUACGUACCGGAUACCAGCUGCUGCAGGAGAACGGGCAGCGGCGGUACGGCGGCCCCCCGCCCAGCUGGGACGGCCCCCCGCCGGAGAGAGGGAGCGAGAUCUUCGUGGGAAAACUCCCGCGAGAUCUGUUCGAAGACGAGCUGGUCCCACUGUGUGAGAAGUUCGGUAAGAUCUACGAGGUGAGGAUGAUGAUGGACUUUAACGGGAACAACCGAGGCUACGCCUUCGUCACCUUCUCCAACAAACUGGAGGCCAAAGCGGCGAUGAAGCAGCUCAACAACUACGAGAUCAGAAAUGGCCGCCUCCUCGGAGUCUGUGCCAGCGUGGAUAACUGCCGUCUGUUCGUGGGCGGGAUUCCCAAAACGAAGAAGCGUGAGGAGAUCCUGUCGGAGAUGAGGAAGGUCACCGACGGGGUCGUGGACGUCAUCGUGUAUCCGAGCGCCGCCGACAAAUCCAAGAACCGAGGAUUCGCCUUUGUGGAGUACGAGAGCCACCGAGCCGCCGCCAUGGCCCGACGCAAACUGCUGCCAGGUCGUAUCCAGCUGUGGGGUCACGCCAUCGCCGUGGACUGGGCGGAGCCGGAGGUGGAGGUGGACGAAGACACGAUGGCGUCCGUGAAGAUCCUGUACGUCAGGAACCUGAUGCUGCAGACCACCGAGGAAACCAUCGAGAAGGAGUUCAACAACCUCAGACCCGGUGCGGUGGAGCGCGUGAAGAAGAUCAGAGAUUACGCCUUCGUGCAUUUCACUCAGAGAGAAGACGCCAUCAGCGCCAUGAACGCCCUCAACGGGAAGAUGGUGGACGGCUCUCCCAUCGAGGUGACUCUCGCUAAGCCUGUGGACAAAGACAGUUACGUCCGAUACACCCGAGGGACGGGAGGACGGGGGGGCUCUCUGCUGCAGACGGACUACACCGCCUACACCCUGGGACAGGUGUACGACCCCUCGGCGGCGUACCUCGGCCCCCCCGUGUUCUACGCCCCGCAGGCGUACGCCACCAUCCCGGGUCAGUUUCGCUUCCCGCCGGCAGCCAAAGCUCACGUUGGAGGUCGAGGUUUGAUCCGGACUCCGUCUGUCAGAGACAUUUACAUGACUGUACCUGUAGGGGCAGCGGGGGUGCGGGGGCUUGGGGGGCGGGGCUACCUAGCCUACGCCCCCGCAGGUGUUGGGGGGGGCGGAGCCUGUUACGGACUGAAGGCGGAUAAACAGGCGGAGGAGAAACUGUACGACCUGCUGCCCGGCAUGGAGCUCACCCCCAUGAACCCAGGGAGCAUGAAGGCUGCCGCCAUCAAGCCCGCCACCCAGGUUCUGGAGGAGUUGUGUCAGAAGAACAGCUGGGGUCAGCCGGUCUAUCAGCUCCACUCGGCCAUCGGCCCGGACCAGAGACAGCUGUUCCUCUACAAGAUCUCCAUCCCCCAGUACCCCAACCUACAUCCCUUCACGCCCGCUAAGCUGUGCGUGGCGGUAGAGGAAGCUAAAGUCCACGCCGCGGAGCACACGCUGCAGACGCUCUGCCUUCAGACGGAGGGCAGCGACGCCGCCGGAGCCGCCGCUAUCGCCUCGGUAGCCUUCCCAGGUUAUGCUCUGGCGAGUCCUGCAGCUGCUCUGAAGCAGGCGGUGUCUCUCGGCCAGGAUCUGACUGCCUACGCCACCUACGAGGGGUUCCCCGCCUUUGCCGUGGCGACGCGCCACUCAGACGGAUACGGCGUCUUCUAGAAGAGUCCGACCGCUCGCAGCCACAGACACGUUCACACUAAAAUCACCAGGACAGGAAGUUAACCCUACCAAAAUAAAAGCACAAUAGUGUGAAUGCUCCUUUAAACUGCAGUUUUUAAACAGGAAGACACUUUUUAAAACCCGCCGCUGGAAAACGUUUUGUCGCUCACCCUGAAAUAAAUUCCUUCACAUCUUUUUAUUCAUAUUAUCCUCUGAAUUUUGCAUAUUUACGAUUUAUUUUGUGAUUUACUAAGGAGUUUUCAGACGGCCUGUGAUUGGCUGCAGGUUUGAAUUAAUAUUUAAUCAUUUAUUUUGUUUUUUAAGCAGUUUUUAGUUUGUUUGCGUGUUUUAAGUAGUACGUUUACAGUAAGGCUUAAUAGAUUUUGUUAUUUUUAUUCUUUGAGUUAUUAUCGCUAUGAAAAUUGGGAUUUGUAGUUCUUUUAACGUCCGCCAACUGUAAAAUGUAGUUUUGCACUCUCGUCUUCUUCAGUGGUUUUGAUGCUGUCUGAAUAGUCACUGAGGAGUCCUGGACUUUGUAGUUCUUUAAACGGUUUCUUAGAUCUAAGCUUGUCCUCCCCCAUUCUGAAUUCAAUCAUCGUAUUUAAAGCAAAGACCUGAAUGUAAACCUCAGGAACAUCAGCGUUGGGUUUUUCUGUCGAGUUUCUUCUCCAACGUUUCAGUAUUUUCGUGUUUACGCCGCGUGUCGUCUUCUGAUGUCUUAAACGAGUCCGAAACACAAGACAGAAAUGAUCUCUUUCUCCGACAAUUCAGAAUAUCUUUGUAAGUUUCCGGAGCGUUCUCGACACCGAGCGGACGUGCCGAACAGAGACAGUAUUAAAGUGUUCCAAGCACUUAGAACUUAUUUUUUUAUACACGGAAAAAGAUAUCCAGACGCUUUCUGUAAAGAGUUAGUAAUUGAAACAAGAAGCAUGUGGAAGUGAAUCAGCGCUAAUCUGUGAUCUGAGAGGUUCGUCAUGAUUUGGUGAUUUCAUUGUGAUCCCUGAUCUCCCCGAAAUAAAGAAAUGAACACAAAUCUGA